GCCGCGGCUGUCGCGGCGCGGGGCGGGGCGGUGGCACGUCGGCGGCGCAGUGCCGAGGCAGUUCAGUUUCAGUCCGCGAUCCGAUCCGACAGCUAGGCCCGGUCCGACAUGGCAGACUUGAAUACGGGGCUGCUCCGCGGCAGGGUGGCCCUCGUCACGGGCGCCGGCAGCGGCAUCGGUCGCAGCACGUGCGUGGCGAUGGCGCGAGAGGGGGCGAGCCUCGUCCUGGCCGACAUCAACGAGGCCGGCGCGGCGGAGACGCUGUCGCUCAUCCAGCAGGACGGCGCGCCCGGUCACCACCUGCCGCUGCGCCUGGACGUGACGGACGAGGCCGCGGUGGACGCCGUGCUCCGCGAGGUGCAGCGGCACUUCGGCCGGCCCGCCGACAUCGUCGUCAACAGCGCGGGCAUCAUGGGGCCCGUCGCCUUCCUGCUGGACCUCGACGUCAAGGCGAUGAGGGAAGCCUACACGAUCAAUGUUGAGGGCACCUUCAUCGUGAUGCGGGCGUUCGCUCGCGCCCUCAAGGAGGCCCAGCGCGGCGGCGCCGUCGUCAACCUCUCCAGCGUGGGCAAGCUCGCCUGCUUCCCCAAGCGGGGGCACUACGCCGCCACCAAGGGCGCCGUCAGCGUGCUCACCCAGACCGCCUCCAGGGAGUGGGCGCCCUUGGGCAUUCGCGUCAACGCGGUGCUCCCCGGGAUGGUGGACACCCCCAUGACGCAGAACGGAGCCCCUCCCGGCGUGCGGGAGGAGGCCAUCAAGAGCAUGACCUCCUUGGGGCGGAUGGCGAAGCCUGAGGAGAUUGCCGAGGUCAUCGUGUUCCUGGCCUCCGACCGCAGCAGCUACAUGACGGGCGCCGAGGUCCCCGUGUCCGGCGGCAUCUUCGGGGCGAUCUGACGAAGCAGGCGUCGGCAGCGUCGGCGGCGUCCCCCGCGUCGGCGUCAGCGUCCGCGGCAAUAACCCGACGACUGGCGGCAUCUUGAGGGCCUUGUCGGCGGCGGGGCGCGGCCCGGAGCAGCACCCCAGGGCAGCACCCAUGGCGCACAAGUGACCUAAGACUACUAUCGUCGCCAGAAGGAAAUCUCGCCAGCCCGCCUCCAGCAGCAGCAGCCCCCCCCUCCCUAUUUUCCUACUUCUAUUUCCGCCGUUAUCGCAGAGCAUGUUAAUCCAAGGAGGAAUUUGAGCCCUGAUUGUCACCAUGACGUCAAAAUAAGGGACCAUUUCGACGCCAUGGUGAGAGUUCAGGGCUCAAAUUCCUCUUUGGUGCUCCAUGUCAAACAUGAAAUCGAAAAUAUGCCAUCAAACACGACAUCGAAAAGUCAAAGUGAUGUCACAACGAUAUCGUUCGCCGACAUCGUUUUUCACCGCCAUUUCGCACUAGGUAACAACGUCGCGUGAUAAAAACUGACAUGUAAAAUACUCCUCCCGCGUCUCGCCCAGGUAGAACACGUUUGUCAAAAUGAUGUCAAAAUGACCUCAUUUUGACCCUAAUCGUCAAAAUUUACUGCGCCUACGUAGCCAGAAUGAGCUCAUUUUGACGUCAAAUGAGGGUCAUUGACGAGUUUUUGACGUUUGUGUUCUACCUGGGUCUUCCCUGUCACCAGAGAGCGCAAAUAGCCUCAGUUUAAACGGCGUCUUCCGUCAGCCAACGACGCAUCGAGCACUGGAUGUCGAACGGCUGUCGUUUCAGGGGAUCGACACUUGCACUGAGUGUACAAGUCCCAGUCAACCCCGUAACGGCAUACGCGCGGCUACGUAAUAUAAUUGUGAUACUACUGUUUCUUGUGCGGACCAUAUCAUAUCAGCAGCCCCUUCACCAAAGAAAUGGUAAUAAAAAUAAUAAACGUUUGAAAACUUUUGAA